AUGGCAUUGGAGCUUGAGAGUUCCAGAAUCAAUAUUUCCUUAGGUGUGAAUAAUAUUGAAAUUGCAUUAAGUCAUAUUGAAAUUUUAAUUGAUUUUUUAAAAAGUGAAAAGCAAGAAAUUGAAAAAAACAUUCAAGAAUUAAAAUUUUUUCAAAAAAAUAAUCAAUCGAUUAAAUUUGAAAAGUUAAUUGUCGAACAAGGUUUAAAUAUGAAAAUAAGAGUAAAGUCAACAUUGAUAAAAAUUCUAUCUUCAUUGAAACCUAUUCUUGAUAGUGAAAGUGAAUAUAAACUACCAGAACAGGUUCAAUUAAAAAUGUUAAGUAGUAUCUUGGGAAGUAGAAAUUUUUCUACCAACGGUGAUAUUCGAGAAAAACUUGAUUAUUGUUCAAGAGUAUCUGAAAUUGGUAAAGAAUUAAAUUUUAAUGAUUUAAUUAUUUUACUAGGAGAAAAAAUUGAAUUAACUAUUGAUGAAAAAGAGUUUUCAUUUUCACAAGAAAUAAUUGAUAGAAUUUUAGAAAUAGGCAAAAUAACAGAAAACAAUCAAGUAGCUUUAGCUAUUGUUAAAAUAUUUAAUUUUAAUAAAAUACUUUUAUCUAAUUGUGAAGAGAAAAUAGAAGAAAUUGUACGAUUAUUACAAACUGUUUUAUCGCGAAUUUCCUACGAGAAAACAGAAAUUGUUUUAAAGUUGUCUAAAAAGUUUAAAAUUGUAAAUAAUUCAAAUUUAUUGGAAUUUAUGCAUAAGACAUUGAUUGAAAAUGAAAUCCGAGAGAAAGACAAGAAGCAUUUAAAAUUUUACAAUCGUUAG